UUUCCACGCGACCGCCGCAAGGGUAAGCCGUGGGAGUAGAAUUGACGAGAUGCCCGCCGCAGAAGACGGUACUCUUAACGAAGAAACGUCCAUAAUGAUCGAGCACCGCGACGCGAUCCUCUACCAGAUCCGCGACAACGAGACCGCCAUACGGAACGAAAGUCUCUUGCAGAACGUGUCCGUGAUCGAGGAUUAUAUUUUCGACAGAACAGACGUGAAAGUGAUCUUCAUCACCCUCUACACCAUCGUCUUUAUCUGCUGCUUCUUCGGAAAUCUAAUGGUAAUCUUCGUGGUGAGCUUCUCUAGACGUCUGCGCGGCAUCACCAACUUCUUCCUGGCGAACCUAGCUGUGGCGGACCUGUGUGUGGCGGUCUUCUGCGUCUAUCAGACCCUGACCAACUACCUGACCAGCUGGCAGCUGGGCAACUUCCUCUGCAAGGUUUACAUGUUCGUCCAGGCCCUAUCCUACACGGCCAGUGUCUUGAUCCUGGUGUUGGUUUGCGUCGAACGGUAUCUGGCGAUCGUCUAUCCGAUAAAAUGCAGAUCAGUUCUGACCAGAGGUCGUCUGAGGCUGGUGGUCGGCCUGGUCUGGCUGAUGGCCGCCGUAUAUGCCUCUCCAAGAUUCUUCUACGUCGAGACAUUUAGCAACCGACUGAUCACAGGGGACGUGGACAUCAUCUGCAUGGCGAAUAUCAAGAAACACAACAACAAAGUCCUGGACGCUGUGAACCUGAUCUUCCUCUACCUCGUCCCACUGGCUCUGAUGACCUGUCUCUACUCGAGGAUCGCUGUUGGCCUGUGGAGGAGCGGCGCCGCCCUGGCUGCACCUGGUCUGAUGCCCAGGGCCACAAAUGGUAGGACACAUCACGUCCAUGGGUCCAGUAGAAACGUCCUGAAAGCCAGACGGGGCGUCAUCAGGAUGUUGAUAGCGGUGGUGAUGAUGUUUGCGGUCUGCAACCUGCCACAGCAGGCGAGGAUCGUCUGGAGGCACUGGGACUCGAACUACGACAGGACCUCGGACUUCAGCACUAUGCUCACCCUGUCCACGUUCCUGAUCUCGUACACCAACUCCUGUCUGAACCCAUUGCUGUACGCCUUCCUGUCCCGUAACUUCCAGAAAGGGAUCAAGGAGCUUCUGUUCUGCGGGGGAUCGAGUGGACGAAGGGUCAGCCUGGCGAUGGGCUGCACCAGGGAAACUCAGACCCGUCACGAAAACGGUCUGAACGCGAACCAUCCGCACAGCUCGAUAACCAGGCUCAACUCCAUUCGAGAAAGUCCGAGAGGAGGCAGGUCGAUCGCUAGACAGUCCAUCUGCGAGAAGAUCCUUUGA